CCCAACCGUGAUCUAAAUAAUUCAGUCUCGAACUCUGCUUGACUAAAUUGACAGAAGAAAAAUGUCAAAUAUAAUUAUUUAUGUUCAAUCAAAAAUGUUAUUUAAAGUUUAAUUUAACGUUUGUUAAAUUUGUGCUUUUUUUAGAUUCUAUCUAGUUUUAAUACUCAUCACAAUGAUGAGUGAUAAACAAAAUGGAUUAUCGAGAGAGGAAAUUGCGAAACAAUUUAUGUUACCAGAAAGAAAGAGUAAAAUAGCAACUCUUUUGAAACAAGAUGGUCAAGAAUAUUGUAUUUGUCGGAGUUCCGAUAGUUCUCGAUUUAUGAUUGGUUGCGACGCUUGUGAGGAAUGGUAUCAUGGUGAUUGCAUAAAUAUAACCGAGAAAGAAGCGAAAUAUAUUAAACAAUUCUUUUGCGUUCGUUGUAAAGAAGAGGAUCCCACACUUGUCACUCAAUAUAAACCAAAACGUUCCGAGAGGGAGGAUCGAAAACACAGAAAACAUCGUGAAAAAGAAAAAGAACGCGCCUAUCGUCAUGAACCUAUUGAUUGGGAUGCGCCUGUUGUGAAAAAAUCAUCAAAACGUUGUGGCGAGUGCACUGGUUGUCUUCGAACUGAAAAUUGUGGAAAAUGCGAUGCCUGCAGGCAUUUAAAAAAAUUUGGACCCUCCGUGAGAUUGAAACUUCGUUGUGUACAAAAAACAUGUCGUAUUUCAAUAGAACCAUUGAAAUUAAAAAGUUCGAGUAAAAGUUCAAAGCCGAGUAGAAAACGUAGACGAGACUCAAGUAAUGAAAGAAUUGAACAUCUUGAGCCACCAAUUCAUUGUUUUGGACCAGCUUGCAUGAAACAAUCACGUUUAGGCAGUAAAUAUUGUUCAGAUGAAUGUGGAAUGAAAUUGGCGACAAAUCGAAUUUAUCAAGUUUUACCGCAAAGAUUACAAGAAUGGGCAAUGACACCGUGUAUUGCCGAGCAAAAUAAUCGACGUGCCCUUGAAAAUGUGAGAAAACAACAAAAUGAUGUACGUAGAAUUUUACAUGAAUUAGAUAAACGACAUAUGGAAUUAGAUCAAAUUGUUGAGAGAGCAAAACAUUCGACAAUUGAUCCAAAAAUGGAAAUUGAUGAGAAUGAUGAUACGGAAAUGAGUAUGUAUUGCAUUACAUGCGGUCAUGAAAUUAAUUCACGAACUGCAAUUAAACAUAUGGAAAAAUGUUUCAAUAAGUACGAGUCACAGGAAUCAUUUGGAUCGAGUUUCAAAACAAGAAUUGAGGGUCAAGUAAUGUUUUGUGAUUUCUAUAAUCCAGUUAAUGGUACAUAUUGUAAAAGAUUGCGUGUUCUGUGUCCUGAACAUUGUAAGGAUCCAAAAAUAAGUGACACGGAAAUUUGUGGUUGUCCAUUGGUGUCAAAUGUUUUUAAUUUAACCGGUGAAUUUUGUCGUGCACCAAAAAAAAGUUGCGUUAAACAUCAUGUUUGGGAGAAAUUACGUCGCGCUGAAAUUGAUAUGGAACGUGUUAGACAAUGGUUGAAAAUUGAUGAAUUAGUUGAACAAGAAAGGCAAAUUCGUUCAAAUAUGGCAUCAAGAGCCGGUGUUCUUGCCUUAAUGCUCCACUCGACUUUUAAUCAUGAACUCAUGGAACAAAUGACACAGGAACAAAAUAUCAAUCAAAUGGAAGCAAUGGAAGAGGAAUAUCGUCGUGGUUAUGGUAUGCAAAACGAAAGAAAUGAAUAAAUUUGUUUUUUUUCAAAUAUUUACUUGAAAAUUAUUAUUAGUUUAGUGAAAUUUUGUGUGAAAAAAAAGGUUUUUUAAAAAAAUAACUAAAAAAAAGGACAAAUUAUUUUUUAAAGUUUAAUUUCAGAUUAAUAAAUAAUAAUUAAUAAUUA